CCCGCCCCCGCCGCCAUCUUGCGCCGCCGCCGCCGCCGCUCCCGCCGCUCCCGCCCGGCCCGGCCCGGCCCGGCCCCACCGGAGCCCGCGCGGGGUCGGGCCCGGCCCCGCCAUGGCCGAGGAUUUCUGGGAGGCUCCGCGCCGCUGAGCCGGGCAGGGCCAUGGACCGGAUGAAGAAGAUCAAGCGGCAGCUGUCGAUGACGCUGCGGGGCGGCCGCGCCCCCGACAAGGGCCUGGGGGACCCCCGCGACGGCGCCGGCAGCGACAGCGAGCCGGGGGGGGAUGAGGCCCGGAUGGGGUCGGACGGGGAGAGCGACCCCCCCUCGGGGACAUCCUCGGAGGAGGUGGCGUCACCCGUGAGGCUGCGGCAGCACCCGCGGCACGGAGCCUGCGAGGACGUCACCAAGCGCCUGUCCCUGCCCGCUGACACCCGCCUGCCCGAGGGGGGGCUGGGGCUGCCCGGGCCCCUGAGCCGCCGCCUGCGCCGCGUCUCCCUGUCGGAAAUCGGCUUCGGGAAGUUGGAGACCUACGUGAAACUGGACAAACUGGGGGAGGGCACGUACGCCACGGUGUACAAGGGCCGCAGCAAGCUGACCGAGAACCUGGUGGCGCUGAAGGAAAUCCGGCUGGAGCACGAGGAGGGAGCGCCCUGCACGGCCAUCCGCGAGUGUCCCCUGCUGCGGGAUCUCAAGCACGCCAACGUGGUGACGCUGCACGACAUCGUGCACACGCCGCAGUGCCUGACGCUGGUCUUCGAGUACCUGGACCGGGACCUGAAGCAGUACCUGGACGAUUGUGGGAACGUCAUCAGCAUGCACAACGUCAGGCUCUUCCUGUUCCAGCUGCUGCGGGGUUUGGCCUUCUGCCACCGCCACAAGGUCCUGCACCGCGACCUCAAACCGCAGAACCUGCUGCUGAGCCGCCGGGGGGACCUCAAACUGGCUGACUUCGGCCUGGCCCGGGCCAAGUCCAUCCCCACCAAGACGUUCUCGAGCGAGGUGGUGACGCUGUGGUACCGCCCGCCCGACAUCCUGCUGGGCUCCACCGAGUACAGCACCCAGAUCGACAUGUGGGGGGUCGGCUGCAUCUUCUCGGAGAUGGUGACGGGGCGGCCGCUGUUCCCCGGGGCCACCGUGGAGGAGCAGCUGCACUUCAUCUUCCGCCUGCUGGGGACCCCGACGGAGGAGACGUGGCCGGGCAUCGGUGCCAACGCCGAGUUCCGGGCACACAAAUACCCCCUGUACCCCCCCGAGGGGCUGCGGCAAGCACGCGCCCACGGCUGGGACCAGGACGGCGCCGAUCUCCUGGGGCAGCUGCUGCAGUUCGAGGGGCGGCGGCGGCUGCCGGCGGCGGAGGCCAUGGGACACGCCUUCUUCAGCUGCCUGGGGCCGCGCGUCAGCGCCCUGCCCGACACCACGUCCAUCUUCGCGCUGAAGGAGAUCCAGCUGCAGAAGGAGCCGGGGCUGCGCUCGGGGCCGCUGCCCCCCACGGGUUCUUCCGCCUUCCGGGUGCUCGACACCGAGUUCUGAUGUUGAGCAGCGCCCGGACUGCUGCUGCGCCCCCCAGGACCCCCCAGAUUUGGGGCUGGGGUCCCCCCAAAAAACUCCACAACGUCGGGGACGCCCCAGAACUCCUCGGGGGGGGGGGGGUCCUUGGACUGCAGACCCCCCCCCAAAAUCCCCCCUCCCCCACCUGAGGAACUGCUGCUGGAUUUUGGGGGGGGGGUUCACGUGGGACCCCCAUUCUGGGGGGGUCUGGGGGGGAUUUGGGGUCCCCUCCCCGUUUUUUGGGGUCCCCUCCCCAUUUUUGGGGUCCCCCCCAUUUUUUGGGGGGGGUCUCCCCCCCGGUUUACGUCGAGUUUUAUUUUUUCAAGGCAAUAUUAUAAAUCAGAGUCUAUAUCGGCCCCUCCCCCCGGGGGCGGGGCCUGAGGGGGCGGGGCCUGAGGGGGAGUGGGGGAGGGGCGCUUACUCGGAGCUUACUCGGGCUUUACUCCAGGGUUACUCGGGGCUGCGGCGUCUCCUGGGAGGGUUCCCCGCGAGGCUGGGCCCUGGUUACUCCAGGGUUACUUUGGGGUUACUCAGACUUUACUCCAAGGCUGGGCCCUGGUUACUCCGGGGUUACUCCAGGGUUACUCAGAUUUUACUCUGGGGUUACUCAGACUUUACUCCAAGGCUGGGCCCAGGUUACUCCAGGGUUACUCAGACUUUACUCCAACUUUACUCCAAGGCUGGACCCACUCCA